AUGAUGCUUUAUUCGGCUUUAUCCACAUUUUUCAUUCUCUGUGUUUUCUCCCAAAGACGUAAUGUGUGCAUCGUUAUGCUCACGUUACGUUUUCGGAUAGCUAAUAACAAAGGAAGGUAA